CUUCAGUCCGGUGUCAGUGUAGCCGACACCUGCGCCGUUAAACCUCGUCGGAGACCGGAAACCCCCCCCUCUGCUCUUCAGUCCGGUGUCGGCUACACUGACACUUCGCCGUUAAACCUCGUCGGAGACAAGACGUAAUGAGAGGCUUUCGAGGAGCUGCUUUACUCACUUCGCUGUUGAUCUACCUCCCGCCGGUCCAGAUGACUUAUAUCUUUGUCUAUGGGACUCUGAAGAAGGGUCAGCCCAACUACUUCAGGAUGCUGCCGGACCAAGGGAACGGGAAAGCAGAGUUCUGUGGUCACGCCCGCACCGUAGACGUCUACCCGCUGGUGAUCGCCGGGAAGUACAACAUCCCCUACCUGCUGAACCGCCCCGGGGAAGGCCACAGGGUCCAGGGGGAGGUGUACAGGGUGGAUGACACCAUGCUGAGCUUCCUGGACGCCUUCGAGAGCUGCCCCACCAUGUACCAACGCACCUCCGUUCAGAUAGAGCUGGACGACUGGAAGGGGACAGAGAGGAGCCCAGGCAGCGUGAUGGAGGCCUUCUUCUACAGCACCACCUCCUACCAGCCUGCCUGGCUCAAACACAACUUCUACGGGAACUACGACGCCUACGGAGACCAUGGCUUGGUGUACGUCGACAGGGAGGACAGAGUUCCACUGAAGGAUCUAUAGCCUGGGUGCCAUCAUGGCAGCACCAGCAGGUCUGGGACCUGGCUAGAGGAUAGAUAGGCUGCUACACAGGAUAGCUUUUUAGAUAUGUUGUUUUUACAGCUACUUUCUGAGGGCCUUUCUACUGUCCAGGGAUGCAAACUGCUGAGGGCCUUUCUACUGUCCAGGGAUACAAACUGCUGUUUGUUUUAACUAAUUAAACAAAGAAUAUGAUUAACAUGA